AUGUCGAUUUCUUGCUGCGGAGAGGAAACAGGAGAAGAAGGAAAACCGAAACAGCGUCGGCAGCUGCCUUACGCGGCUAAGAACGGUGGAAGAAUAAGUAGAAGGAGAGUAGCGACUCAGAGCAGAAUCAACGAGUGUGAAGGGGGGUGGCGGUUCACAUCUUCAACAGCAGCUUCGCAACACCGGUGGUGGAGGCAAAAGGUGGCAGCGGCGGAGGAAGUAAGAGGGGUGAAGGCGAUUUUGGGGUGCAUUUGUUUCCAUCAUUCCUAG